AUGCAUCGAGUUGUGUCUCACCAGACGGCACCUGAGCCUCCGAGGUCAGAGGUCACAGGGUCGUGGAAAGGUCACGACUUCCUGUUGGAGUUGAAGCGGAAUCUGAGCCAGGAGAACUUCACUCAGCUCAUGGAGGCCCUGAAGACCUACAAGGAGUCUGACGAGCUGCUCGACUUCCUCGCCAAAGCCACCGCUCUGCUCACACCCGACCCCAACACACACCGAUUACUCCGAGGUCUGUCUUACCGCAUCUUUGGCUGGCUGCUUCAAGUUCACGGUUCUUGGUGUUCCACAGUGAACCUCAGUCGCGUGGUGCCCGAUGGACUGCUGGUCUUCUUUCCGUCCUACCCUGUCAUGGACAAGACCCUGGAGUUCUGGCGGGGCAACGGCCUGGCCGGGCGCAUCGAGAACAUCAAGCCCAUGUUUGUGGAGCCGCGAGGCAAGGCCACUUUUACUGAGGUAAUUGACGGCUACUAUGAAAGAGUGAACGAGCCAAAUGGGCGAGGAGGAAGCUUCUUUGCUGUGUGCCGAGGAAAGGCCAGUGAGGGUCUGGACUUUGCGAAUUCGUAUGGGAGGGGUGUGGUCAUCACUGGACUGCCCUUUCCUCCCCGCAUGGACCCGCGGGUCACGCUCAAGAUGCAGUAUCUGGACGAGAUGAGCCGCAAGAGGGAGGCAGGAGUUAAGUAUUUGUCAGGCCAGGAGUGGUACAGGCAGCAGGCAUCUCGUGCAGUGAACCAGGCCAUCGGGAGAGUGAUCCGCCACCGGGAAGACUAUGGAGCCAUCUUCCUCUGUGACCAAAGGUUUAAAGGCACUGAUGUUCGAGCCCAGCUCCCCUCCUGGGUGAGACCUCACGUCAAACUGUACGACAGUUUCGGAUGCGUGGUGCGAGACGCAGCGCAGUUCUUCAGAGUCGCACAGAAGCUGAGGCCCCCCUCAGAGAAGAAGCCUGCCCCCCUCCCUGCCUCCUCCAGUCUGUGUGGGGGAGCCAGUGGCAGCGGUGGUGGGGGGGGCACGGGGGGGUGCAGGGGGGGUGGGGGCGGAUCUGGGGCAGCCUGCUCCUCCCAGAAGGCCAAGAUGUUGGACUCCCACGUCCCCAGCCUCAAACGCCGCAGGACAGAGGAGGCGGAGCUUGGUGUAGGCGUGGCCAGGCUGUGUGUUCAGUAUGAGGCUGAGCUGCCAACCAAUCAAAGACGAGCUCGGGGGCUGCUGGAUGCCCUAGAACACAGUGACCACACUGGACACACACAGCAAGACGCAAACACUCAGGAGAGGCUGGAAGAGCGACCCAGCAAUUGGACACAAGCCAGCAAACGUAAAAUCCGAUUGGUCCAGAGGCCGACGGCACCUAAGCCUCCGAGGUCAGAGGUCACAGGGUCGUGGAAAGGUCACGACUUCCUGUUGGAGUUGAAGCGGAAUCUGAGCCAGGAGAACUUCACUCAGCUCAUGGAGGCCCUGAAGACCUACAAGGAGUCUGACGAGCUGCUCGACUUCCUCCCAAAGCCACCGCUCUGCUCACACACCGACCCCUGUCACACACCGUGUGUGUAUCCGAGGUCUGUCUUAAUGUGA